UAAUGGUUUUUUUGAUUGAUUAUAAAACAACUCUUGCAAGAUACCAUAUGAAGAAGUGGAUGUUUCUCGGGACCUUUGAUGUUUGGUCUUGUUUUUGUUUUGUAGAUGAAUUUAUAAAGUUCCCCUCAUUUGUAAAAGAAAUUGUCAUGUGAAUUCUUUUUCGGAUUAACGAAGCCAAUCCUCGCUCUCGAAACGCCAUAUACUCAAGAAACCACGAAUUUCUCCACAAAAUCAACGCUCGAUUCUCUCCUAUCAACAAAAUCAUCAGUCAAAGACUUCUUCUUAAGUCCACUGGCGUUGAUAGAGAUGAGGGUACUAGCAAGCAGGUUCUCAAACGUGUUCAAACGGUCGUUAGGAUAACAUGCAUACGAAACACACCAUAUGUUGAAAGAUGCAAAGGCCAACAGUUUGAAACAGCCUGGAAAAAGCGCAGGGAUGAUCCAAACGAUCCAACUUUGAAAGCAGAGAGUAAUAUCUGCGGAGGCGUGGCCAGCCCGGGGAUUUAGAGCUAUUGAGAAUUCAAUGAGAUAUAUUUUCCCAUGUACAUUUCCUUUCAUUUUUAUAGUUGGAAACAAUGUUUAUGUGUAGCUUGAGAGUAAGCUCAUGGAAGAAAAAAAGCCUGAACUUGUUCCCUUUUGUUUCGUUUUUUCUUAAUUUAAUCAGGACAAGGUUAAAGUAGCAAAUGAAUAAACUUUCCCAUUUAAGAGAAAAUUUUAUGUUAUUCAUGUUAAGUCUUAACGACAACGUUUAGAUGGUAAGUUUCUGGCGGGAAUGGUCUUUUUCCCGCCAAGUAAACAAGCCCCACACCCCCUACAACUAUAAAGAAGCAAACACAAACCUCUCUUUCCUUAGAACUCAAAAAUAAAUUUUGAAAAAUCCGAAAAAACAAUGUUGGAGUUAAGGCUAACACAGGCGGGUUUGCUGAAGAAAGUGUUGGAAUCUAUCAAAGACUUGGUAACAGAUGCAAACUUCGACUGUUCAGCAACUGGGUUUUCUCUUCAGGCCAUGGAUUCAAGCCAUGUGGCCCUGGUGGCUCUCCUUCUUCGCUCUGAUGGAUUUGAACAUUACCGCUGUGACCAUAACAUUUCCAUGGGGAUGAACCUGGGUAACAUGGCUAAGAUGCUACGUUGCGCCUCCGAUGAUGACACUGUCACUAUAAAAGCUGAUGAUGGUAGUGAUACUGUCACGUUUAUGUUUGAAAGCCCUUCUCAAGAUAAGAUUUCUGAUUAUGAGAUGAAGCUGAUGGAUAUUGAUAGUGAGCACCUUGGGAUCCCAGAAGCAGAAUACCAAGCCAUUGUUAGAAUGUCAGCAUCUGAGUUUGCUCGAAUUUGCAAGGAUUUAGGCACCAUUGGUGAUACUGGUACAGGGUGCCCCCACCAUAUUUCAUUGCAAGAAUUGCAUCUUUUGUGUUUAUUCAUCAAGAUUUUGAAUUCUGAUUCAAUGGUUGAUGUCUUGAUUGCAGUCAUAAUAUCUGUGACAAAAGAAGGGGUGCAAUUCUCUACCAAAGGUGAUAUUGGGACUGCCAAUAUCAUUUGCAGGAAAAACACUGCAGUAGAUAAGAAGGAAGAAGCUACUGUUAUAGAAAUGGCGGAGCCAGUUUCUCUGACGUUUGCAUCGAGGUACCUGAUUGCAUUCACAAAGGCAACUCCAUUGGCAGGGCAAGUGACAAUCAGCAUGUCCUAUGAUAUGCCAAUUGUAGUUGAGUACAAGAUGGAAACUAUGGGUUACAUGAGGUUCUACUUGGCUCCCAAGAUUGAAGAAGAUGAGGGAACUGGACCUCAGGAGGAGAAUGUUCCUAAAGUGGGCACCAAGACUAAAGCAGAUGUCAAUCCUAAAGUGGAGAGAAAACCUAAGAAGAUCAAAUCUAAGGAGGUGAUUGAAAUCGAAGAGGGGAACGAACUAGAGGUGGAGCCAAAAACUAAGCUGGAGAAGAUUGAAAGUGAUGAUGAAAGUGAGCCCAAGGUGGAGAGCAAGCCUGAGAUAGAUAUCAAACCUAAAGAGGAGAUAGAAAUGGAUGAAACUAAUCCUCAAGUGGAAGCUAAGGCAGAGGUUGAAACAAUGGAUGUUGAAUAAUAGCUGCAUCUGACUACAUUAACUUCAUUAUCCAACUAUUACAUAACUUUUUUUGUAUAAUCACUGGUCAGUAUUUUGGAUAUAGGAUGUGAAGAUGUUAGGAAAUGUUAGGAAAUAGUAGGUUUAAUGAUGACAUGUAUGGAACCUUUGACUCGGGCAAAUUACCAACAACUUUUGGAUAGUUUGUGAAUGAAAAAAGAUAUGGAUGUUAUGGAUUCUUAUCAUUCCCUCAAUGUGGCAUGAAUCUACACUUGUUCCUAGCCAAAGGCUUCCUUCUAGGGUUAUAGAGAGGACUAUUGAUUAAGCUUCUUCAUAACAAAGAGCUUCAUCUUUGGCAACUAAGGGCUUAUAGAGGUCCUCUUGUUGGGUGUGAGAUCUUUGAAUAUCAUGAUCACAUGGUUAUCAUGAAUGUUUGAUGAAUAAAGAGUCAAUA